AUGACUGAAGAUGGUGUGCCAAAAAUUUAUUCUCAUCCUCCAACAGAAAGCAGUAAAACAACAACGGAAGCAAUCAUUUUCUUUGGGGCUGAAAACACUAUUCCUAGAUCAGAAACAACUAUUACUUCAGAAGGAGACCACAUUACUUCAGUAAAUGACCAUAUGCAAGAAAGUGAUUUUUCGACAACUACAUACAACAAGCUUACAUCUCUAAAGGAAAGACUAAAAUCAGAAGAUGAUGCUGAAUCCCAUAUUCUUAAAUCAUCAACUCAUCUGGAGAAAGAAAUUACCACUCUGACAGGCACUACAAACUCCAUGGCUAGUGACUGUAUUACUGAAGAUUUCAUUUCAAUGAAAAUUGGUAAUAUCUCAUCACCUGUUGCUACUGUGUCUUUAAUAGAUUUUUCCACCAACAGGGCAAAAGAAGAUGUUUUCUUGGAUACUAUUGGCUCAGGGGAUGAAGAUGUCUCAACAACUUCUGAAGUCUCUGGCACACUAAAAGACAGCACCACCAACACUGCUGACACCCCUGCCCUUCCAGCUAACAAUGAUAGCUCCUCAGCUAAAUCCAAUGUCGCUGCUGAUGAGGCUGUCCAGAUCACUGACUCCUCUAUUCCUGAGGCUGAAAUCUCUCCAGCUACUGAAAAAAACGUCACCACUAUUCCAGACAUAACCACCGUUACAGAAGAGAAAAUAACUGAAAUUGACUUAAUUCUUCCAGAGGAUGACCCUAAUGUUGUGCCUAAACUAACUGACUCUGAUGAGGAAAAGUUCAUCACUGUGUUUGAACUCACUACCACUGUUGAAAGAGACAAAGACAACCCAGAAGAUAUUCCGCUGACUGAUGAAGAGUCUAUGGAGGAAGUCAAUGUUUGGACAGAAAGAGAGAUUGCAAAUGAAGCAGAGAAAUAUCCUGUUUUGCUAAGUGCUGUUGAAUCCAGAUAUGACUUCAUUGUCCCUGCAUCUGUAGCGACGAACAUCAAGGAAGAUUCAUCUACUAUGACAAAAGAAGAUUUGUCUGAAAAUAAUAGAAUGGAAUCUGUAAGUAAGGACACUGAGGCAUUUUCAGGAACUACUCCCGAUUUAGAUGUCCCAAACCAAACAGAAGACAACUGUACAACUGAAACGGGUGUCUUUAAACUACUGAAAGAAGAACCAGAUGAGUUCCUGAUUUAA